AUGAAACAGAGGCGCAUCUUAGGUUCCCAUUUACCAUCUCAGAAAGACUCUUCUACGAGGCACUUCAAUGUGAAAUCAAUGCCCGAGCAAGAAAUUAAGUCUUUGCAUGUUAAUAAAAUCCCCGAACGUGUUAAUAAAAUCCCCGAACGUGUUAAUAAAAUCCCCGAACGUGUUUAUAAAAUCCCCGAACGUGUUCAUAAAAUCCCCGAACGUGUUUAUAAAAUCCCCGAACGUGCUCAUAAAAUCCCUAUACAUGUUAAUAAAAAGCAGCAGCAACACCGCCAGCGACCGUGUACUGCCAGAAAAAAAAGGAUGUUCAAUGAAGCGUCAAGAUUAGCCAGUAGCAGUAGCAAGGAGCAUCCUGGAACAGCAUCACGGUGCAGCAUCACGGAGCAGCAUCGACAGGAGUGUUUCAAGGUACUUGAUGCCCUGACACCUGAGAUCUGUGAAUGGGGUGACCUGCCUGUGAAACAGAGAGCCUUAGUUCUGGAACGUGAAGUAGAGAGCCUUAGUCUGAAAGGUGAAGCAGAGAGCCUUAGUCUAGAAGGUGAAGCAGAGAUCCUUAGUUCUGGAAGGUGUGUAGCCACCACGACGCUGACACGCACGCCAUGGGCCUGUGCGGGGCAAGUGGUGGCCCCUGUGCGGGCGAGGGUACCCCUGCCGUGCGGGCAAGCAGGCCUGUGCAAGGCGAGUGGUGGCCCUGUGCGGGGCAAGGUGGCCUCUGUGCAAGGGUGCGGCGCUACCCAGACGUGGAACCAAGAACCCACCCGGACGGAGGUGAACCCCGGGGGUAACGUGGUACUGGCGUGUAAGGUGUACAACAAGCAAGGCACCUGUUCCUGGCAGAAGGAUGGCAAGCCCCAGGGGAUGUUCGUGGGGAAGUACGAGUGGUCUGGGGACCGUGAGGCUGGGGACUGCUCCAUCAGGAUCCUGGACGCCAGCGAGGUGGACGACGGAGGGUGGGAGUGUCAGGUCACCGCAUCCGCCUUCACCGCCCACGACGCCCUCACCUCCAAGAUAGCUGAGCUGGUGGUCAGAGUGGCACCCAACACCCCCCAGUUAGAGGUGGAGACUCAGCAGGUGUUGGCUGGUCGCAACUUCACCGUGCAGGAGGAGCGACCCGCCUCCAUCAAGUGCCUCUCACACUAUGGCAACCCUCCCGCUGACAUCAAAUGGUUCAUAGGGGAUGAGGAGAUCCCCGCUGAGUCGUACGAGCAGACCAACGCGACGGAGAUGGACCGCCCCAAGACGUGGGUGGCGGUGUCCGUCCUGGAACACACAUAUGUUAAGGACAACCAUGGCAUUCCCCUCCGCUGCGUCGCCGUCCACCAGGCUUACCACACCAAGUCAGAGGCUGUCGAAGUUAUCAUGGACGUCCAGUACGCCCCCACGGUCACCCUAGAGGGCGCCCCGUCUGAGGACAUCGAGGAAGGCGUGGACGAUGUAACCCUGCGGUGCCUGGUGGACUCCAACCCGGCGGCCAACGUGGUGUGGCGGGUGGUGGGCGAGGGGGACGUGUUCAGCUUCCAGCCAGAGGUCAGGUUUAACCCCGCCACCCGCAAGCACUCAGCCACGUACACCUGCGAGGCGAGGAACGCAGUGGGCGGCUCUGACCCCAUCUCCGUCAAGAUCGACGUCAAGUAUCCCCCGAAAGUGCUCCAGGUAGGCCCCAGCCCCCAGGUGACGGCCGCCCUCCACAACCACACCCUCCUGGAGUGUCUAGCUGAGGCCAACCCCCCGCCCAUGUACACCUGGGUGCAGACGGUUCCAGACACACGGGAAACAAUAGUGCGAGGCCACAACGCCACACUGCUGCUGGAGGGCAUCACCUAUGAACACCAGGGUCAAUACGUCUGCGUCGCCUCCUCCGUCAUUAGGGACCAGACUCUCGAGGAUAAGAGCCAGCCAAUCACCCUCGAGGUCGUGGGUGCACCACAGGUACUACGGUAUACGGUGGAGCGUAACUUGCAGGUGGAGAAGGGUCAGGACGCUGUCAUCCAGAUCGUCUUCUGCUCCGACCCUCAGCCCUCCCGCACCUCCUGGGAGUGGGGGUCACUGCAGCUGGAGGCCGGCAACGGCAGGGGGCGCUACAUCGCCGAGAACCUUGCACAGCAGGAUGCACGGGAGGAUUGCUACUCUGCACGGCUGUUGGUACAAGGUGUGGACAUCGCAGAUGCCAGGGACUACGUGCUUAACGUGGAGAACGACAAGGGCGCAGAUCGCUAUGCUGUCGGUCUCCUAGUUAAUGGACAUGUAGACAAGCCCCCACUACAGCGUGUCCCUCCCUCAGCAGAGCCCGUGUCCAUGUCCACCGUGAUUGGCAUCGUGAUCGCUUGUCUCGUCAUCCUUGUGCUGGUCACACUGAUUGUCCUGUACGCCUUCAAGACAGAAAAAUGGUGCUUCUCCCAACGUGGAGACUUCAAGCCCACGGAUUUGGAAAGUGACAAGAGCGACAUUGAGAGCCAGAAGGGAAACAAUGAUAAUGCCAACACCAAUGGCAACACCAAACUUAUGCCAGGUAACGAGAAGCAACAGCAGCAGCAGCAGCAGCAGCAGUCGGCAGAAAAGAGAUGAGCUCACUGUGAGAGUGGGAGCAACCAGUGAAGUGAAGGAGGGAGAAGUGACAACGAGUGAUCAUGGGGCGCAGGGUGACUCAAAUAACUCUGGAUAUAGGAAGGGUGAAAUGCAAACUUUCAAGAGGCAAGAAAAUAAGCAGGAUGAAACCAAAGUUCUACCAAAAAGUUUAAAGGGUCCUCAAUAUGUACCAGUUUACCAGCCAUAUGCAGAGCAUCUUUUACCUUAUCAAGAUAAACUGAAGACUGGCACCAACAAUAAUAGGUCACCAAGUAGUGGAGUUGUAUAUGCCGAGCUCCAACUUCCACGAGCAUCUAACAAUGGUUCCAUGAGACGUGGAGAUCAACGUCAUCCUCAAAACAAGACUCAGUAUGCAGAGAUUACUUUUCAAGGCCGCCCUCUUCAAACAGCUGACAUAUAGAAAAUACACAAAAUUCUUUAAAAUAAGAGUUAUUAAUGUCUAUCCAAACCUGCAAAUAAAAUUUUUAUUGUAUAUUCAAAUUGUAUUAAGCAGUCAGAUGUUCAUUUGAGUCUUUGUGACAAUAUGUAACUGAGUAAUGAAACUAGUUGAAAUUUAAAGCCUUUAAACGCCCUACUGCACCUUAGUCUUGGUAUUUUAUCAAUUCCGGCCAGUUGAAAGUAGCAAGUUGAGAGAAAUUGAGUCCAAAUUUAAUAUGGCCAGAGUUAUAUAAAUUAGCGUUAAUUCCACAACUCAGAUUGUGUUUAGGAGCAUAUACAAGUAGAUUACAUAUAAAACAAUAUUAUAAGAAAAAAUAGAAAAGCAAAAUGCAUAAACAUAUUUAGCUAUUCACUUAAGACAUCAAUGUCUAUGAUGAAUAAAUUUUGAGCUGAAUAUUCUGUAAUAUUAAGCCUAUCUUUUUUAUGCUUAGGUAAGUUGAUCUUUUCCAAUGAAGCAAAAGCUUCCCUCAGUAUUAAAAUGGGAAUUAAGUGUUAUUUGUAAGCAUGAAUUGUUUAGACAGUUUGAGUAUGAUUGCAUUUUUUUAGGGGCAACUAUAGGAUUAGGUUAUAACUUUAUUAAAAUAGUGUGAUGAAUGUGAAAUUAUUGGUAAGGGGUAUGUAAUAACUGUCUAGUUCUCAAAUGCAUCCUAAACCACAUGCAGAAAUGUGCAUACAGUAUGAAGCUUAUUCGUAUUUUAACCAAAGGUUGAAUGCUUUUCAAGUCUGCACGCCAUUUUUUUCCUUUGAUUCAUUUACUCCAUCACUGUGUCCUAUGCAAUGUAAGAUGGUCUGUUUUUUGUGUAUGUGGUAAGUGCAGCCCUUGGAUGUGACACAAGUUCUGUUUAAUCAGAAGUUAAUACAUUGCUAUAAAUGUAGUCUAGCUAUCAAGGUUCACGUCUUGCAUAAUUCCUCAUUUACCAAGGAAUGAAAGUGAUGCUUUUGUCACUUUUCUUCCAUCUUUAUCUUGAAUAGCCUAAGACUCCAAAGAUUUUAAUUUAAUGUUAGAUAAUAUGUAAAUAUACAGAUGAGCUAUUCAACCAAUGCUUAAUGAUGUUCCUUCGCUGAACUUAACAGUAAUUGAUAAAUGUGGAAAUCAGUUGAUUUCAUUCCUCUUUAAUACAAGGGUGAUAGAAUUAUUCAAACUUUUUACUAUUAAACAAAGUGAAACAGUAAUUCAAAUAAUAAAGUGGUAAUAAUAUCAGUCCCACAUUUUUUUUAUUCUUCUUCUUUACACUUUACAAUUAAUACUUAAAAUCAAGCAAUCAGGUUUAAACUUUUGUUUCUAUCAUUUUGAUAUAAUUUUCUUAUUGAGUAUUGAAUGCCAGGUUUGUAGUGUCUUUUUCUCCAUAUGUAAUAGGAACAUAUUCAAAAUAUUUGAGUUGCAGAUAAUGUUGCAAAUCUUGUCAUAUGCAUGCAAAAGCUCCCUUCACUGUUUUGGGUUUAUGGUCUGGUUAGAAAUCUGUAUUAGAAUGUUUAUUAAUUGACCAAGCUUGCAUUCAUAUAUCAGUUAAUUUUGUCUUCAUGUGUAAUGCCAGCAAGAAUAUUACAUGCUCAAUUCAAUUCCCUAUAACAGUCCUACACCCACCAAUAAUACAUCAAGUGUUCCAUACUAUUAGCAUUUAUAUUACCUAGGUAUCACACAAUAAUUGACAUAUUUAACAGGGCAUAUUUUAAUAAUUGUUGCAUUUUCAUAUUAUGUAUUAAGUCAGAAUACCAGAAAUUUUUUUUAGAAUACGACUUCCUCUGACAAUAGGCACUUGUGGCUCUUUAAACGUGCCUUUAGCUUUUAGCACUUGAAGUACGUUAUUACAGGUAUUUUGUGAAGGUCUUCAAUCCAAAUACUGUAUAGUACAAUAUACUGUAUUGGUAUAUAUUCUAUAUAAAUUGUUCCUGUUCAACUCAUGAAAAAAUAAGCAUUUAAAUCUGAAGAUUGGACAACAAAAUGUCAUGCCAGAUCCAGCUGGGUAUAUUGUGAGCCCAAGUGUCUAUAGCCAUGAAGACUGUCUGCUUUGUGUUAGUUUCUUUGGUCAAGGUAUAUUAGCAAAGCUGUAUGGUUUCAUCUCCCAAUGUCCUGUAGACUACAGUUAAGCUUGAAUUGGUAAAGUUUUCAUUUUUAACCAAGAGGGUAUCUUUUUAUAUAACUUUGUAUAUAUUUGUAUAUGAUGCUGAAGUAAAUGGGUGCAACUAUA